UGGAUCUAGCCAACAAGAAAUUUACGCCAAUUGAAUGCCAUACUUCGUUGAUCUAAGCGAGGCUUGCUUGGCCUAACUGACUGCAUCAGUUGUACCGAUUUGAUUAUGAGGUAAUGGAAACACUAUGUACUUUGAAACAAGUAUACGUAUAAGUAUUGAUGUAUACAUUCAUCGUGAACAUCAGUAUUCUAGUACCAUAACCGUUCACUAGGUGGCGAACUCUCGCGCUACAAAAAUAGCUUCAGAGAUACUUACAACAUCGGGUAGUCGACUAGGAGGUCCGAUACCGUAACGUAUUAUAAAUUCGACAGCAAACCUAAUACAGACGAUGAGAACGUAACAUCAUAUUACGAGACAUCGCUAUUGAUAUUGACGAAAUAUAAACACAAACUAUAAACACACGUUCGAUUAGUACUUUUACGUAUACAACAAUAAGCUUUGGAUUUAUCCUGUAUUUAUCAAGUAAAUCCCAUAACACUCUAAGAUAACAAAAUUUCAAGUGGCAUAAUUCGAAGAAUACGUUUUGUGCGGUUUAAUUAACUCAAACGUGCAGUUAAUAUAAAAGCUCUUUGUGUAACAACAAAUUUAAUUACCAGUUUCAAGCAUUCAACUCUUAAUUCGACGAAACGUGAAUUUUAAAACAAGCUUAACUUGUUCUGAUACAACGAUUCCAUAUUUUUAAAACAAAACUAUUGAGGUGCGUUCAAUCAAAUUUUUAAUCAUUUCAAUCACACAUUUUCCUGAUACAAAAUUCACAUUAUUGCAACGGAUUCGCACUGUGUUAUCUUCAAUAAAUUGAUAGCCGUGGUCAUUCAAAGGCUUGAUUCUGUUCUAUCUUGAGUCGUCACGAGUAUUUCAUUCGACAAAAGUAUUUUUUUCAACUAAGCAAGUAUUCUGUUGGCUGCAUUUGACUAUAGCAUUUAGUUGAAUCAGACGAAUAUCGCUUAACCUAAAUAAUCCUUUCUCUCCGUCUAACACAUAUAUACCAAGAUAAUAAUAAUCAAUAUAAUCCUUCGUGUGCAAUUGAUGACGUUUAUGCAUAAAAAACAAUUAAACUUAUCAAGAAUGUAUCUACAAAAUUUAUCAACAGAUGUACCAUCAACAGUUCAGCCUCCUGUUCUCUCAGUCUGCAAGUUAUAAGCUUCGAUAUCUCGGAAACGUUUCGGUGUUACAGUUUCGCUGACAUCAUAAUAACUACAAUUACCAAGAUUUUCCGCUUCUGCACCUGGCCGUAGAAUGGCCAACAUUUGAUCCUGAGUGGGGAAACUAAAGGAGUUCAACGAACAAAAGGAGACGAGGAACCAGCAGGUGUUAUUACCCCUGACCAGGGUAUCAGACAAGCUAGGAGCGGAGAUCUCCGUUCGCAGUAACAGUGAAAGUAUCCGGUAAACUGCAUCUGCCAAUGCCCCCACGGCUUCAGUCUUCCAGCAGUGCUACGUUUAGGAACAAUCCAUACUUGAAUAGCAACGAGACGUGAUUACACUCACUUGUUUCCCGAAGGACUAACUGUGACAACCUCUCGUGGGUUCAGGGAUCGAAAUAGUGCAAGUCAAAAAAGUUGGACCAAAUGAAACGUGUGAUCGCUUGCUUCCUCCUGGCGUUGACGACUGUUCUUGCCUUAGGGAUAGACGAGAAACGACCCUACGUGAAACAGUGCUCCAAAAAAGAUCCGAAACUCAAGAAAUGCCUCAUAGACGCUCUUCAUCACUUGAGACCCUAUCUUCGGGACGGAAUACCUGAGAUCAAGCUGCCUCCAGUCGAGCCUUUUCGAAUAGAGGAACUAAUAUUGUCGCUCACUGGUGGUCGGAAUGGGUACAAGAUACAACUUCAAGAAAUGGACGUUUUGGGUGCCAGUAACUUCACCGUCUUCGAUAUCAAGCUCGGAUCACCCUUCGAGGCGCUCAUCGAGAUUCCAGCCCUCGUUAUGGACGCUCAUUACUCCAGCUCCGGAGUUUUGAUAAUUCUCCCGGCAAGUGGCAACGGCACUUUCCACGGUCGUUUCGACGAUGUUCGUGCCAUCGUCAAGGGCACUGUCAGCACCAGCUAUCACGAGGGUGGGACGUACCUCCACGUCGAGACGCUGGAGAUCGAAUUGGCCGUUAAGGAAAUCGACCUGAAAGUCGACAAGAUCUUCAACAACAAUCGGAUUCUGACCGAAGCCAUCAACCUCUUUCUACGAGAGAACGGUCAGGAGGUACUCAAGGCGAUGGAACCGCAGCUGAAAAAAGAACUUGUGAUACUAUUCUCCCGGAUCGUUAACCAGCUCCUUCUUCACGUGCCUGUUGAAUCCUUCCUCAGUCCGUAAAUUGAUAAAGAGAGCUGAUUUGGACUCGGCAAUCGGCUGGAUGCGAUUAGUAGGUAUAUGAUUGUAGAAUUCCAAAGCCUUUCUUUUCUCGACACAAUCACCGAAUCUAUCCAACAUUUCUUACAUUCGAUCGCAGACAAGAAGAGUCUUGCAUGCGCGUGAGAGAGCGAUAGUUUCUUUUAAAGUAUACUUUCUAAUUCGCGUCACUUCCAUAUAUCUUAUAUACGAGUACACCGUAUCACGAGUGAAAUAUUCCCAAUGAAAGUUAGGCACCUCGAGUAUAAUAUCCGCGGAUCAGCCAUCAUCUUUCUUAACUUUAUACCAACAGGAUUCUUGUGAUAGUUAUUUCACAACGAAGUAUUAAUAAUCGGUAUUCCAAAUCUGAUUGUUCUUCGAUGUAUUACAAUUAUUGUUAGUUCUUUUUUUUCUUAUUUUAUUUUAUUUUUUUUUUUUUGAGUUAAAUCUAUUCAGUAGAACCUACACGCAUAGUUGUUUAUUUUAUUUUGUAAUAGUUUUUCGCAUAAUAAUAAAUUGAAUACGUAAUUAAA